UUGAAAAUAUCUCCUAUCAAGUCCAAAACAAAACAAAACUUACAUGGUACCCCCCACGGUCACGGAGUAGGGUUUAAUACUCCUACUUCCACAUAAGCUCUUCCCUUACGCGGAAGCCGAAACAGCUCUGCUUUACUUUUUUCAGCACCCGCCUCACUAAAAGCCCGAAUUUCCCAAUCCUUUAUACCCCUUUUGUUAAUUCUUUUCAAUUCUGGUCCCAAAUUCAAAUCUUUUCAUCCAAUUCUCAAGUGAUGGAAAAUUUGAUUACAGAAGUUCAAGUUGAAGUGGCGGGCGGGUUUUCGGAUGCUGCAGCCGGAUCCUUUUCUGGGUUUCAAAGAAGGAUCGAGUUUCACCCUGCUAGAAAAGUCUUUACUGGGCUUAGUAAUGGUGGCGAAAAUGGGGAUUUUAAAUUGGAGACGCUGAAUCCAUGUGGGUCGGAGCAAAAGAAUGCUGGGACGGGUCAAGGACAGGGUCCGAGUGGCAGUUCGGGGAAGAAAAUUGAUGGUUCGGAGUUUUGGGAUUGUGGUUUGGAUUCUGAGCUGAGUUUUAGGAUGACUUUUCGGAGAAUUGGUGCUGGUCUUGAAAAUCUUGGAAAUACUUGUUUUCUCAAUUCAGUGUUGCAGUGUCUGACCUAUACAGAGCCUUUAGCGGCAUACUUGCAGAGUGGCAAGCAUCAAAAUUCUUGUCGUAUUUCUGGGUUUUGUGCCUUGUGUGCCAUUCAAAAACAUGUCAGCCGUGCUCUACAAGCUCCUGGGAGAAUCCUAGCGCCAAAGGAUCUUGUCUUAAACUUGCGAUGCAUAUCUCGAAACUUUAGAAGUUCAAGACAGGAGGAUGCACAUGAGUACAUGGUGAACUUGCUGGAAUCAAUGCAUAAAUGUUGCUUACCUUCAGGAGUACCAAGUGAAUCCCCUAGUGCUUAUGAUAAGAGUUUGGUAUUCAAGAUCUUUGGUGGUCGUUUACGCAGCCAGGUCAAAUGUAUGCAAUGUUCUUUCUGCUCCAACAAAUUUGAUCCCUUUCUAGAUUUAAGUCUUGAAAUACAUAAGGCGGAUUCUGUGCUUAAAGCCCUCACAAACUUCACUGCCGCAGAGCUGUUAGAUGGUGGGGAGAAGCAGUACCAGUGCCAACAAUGCAAGCAGAAAGUUAGGGCUCUCAAGCAGCUCACAGUUCACAAAGCACCUUAUGUGCUUACAGUCCACCUAAAACGGUUUCGUUCACAUGAUCCAGGACAAAAGAUUGACAAGAAAGUUCAAUUUGGUCCUACAUUAGACAUGAAACCUUUUGUCAGUGGUUCCUAUGAAGGAGAUUUGAAGUACACUCUAUAUGGUGUUCUGGUUCAUCAUGGUUGGAGUACACAUUCUGGACACUAUUACUGCUUUGUUCGAACAUCAAGUGGCAUGUGGUACUCACUUGACGACAAUCGGGUUGUCCAAGUUAAUGAGAGGUCUGUUUUAGAGCAGAAGGCUUACAUGCUGUUUUAUGUUCGUGAUAGAAGAAAUGUUUCUCCAAAAAAAAUCGUUGAUGUUGUUCAGAAAGAAAACUUGAAAGCCAAUGUCAGUGGAAAUAAAUCAUCUCCCAUUUUGAGCCAACAGUCAAAGGAAUACUCCCAAAGCUCUUGGACUGAAAAUGGAGCAUGUUGUGUAGACUCUUCUUCUGUGAAACAAAAGGGUGCCUUAAUUAGCGGGCUGUCUAAGGAGGCUCAUUUGACGGAACAAUCCACUCAGCCGGGGAGGAUACCAUUACAGAUCUCUGUACUGAAGAAAGACCCCUCUCAGGUACCUUCUUCAAGUGCACCAUCACUGAAAGGCCAGUCAGAAGGGCUAUCUAUUCCAAAUCCAAGUCGAGGAAAAAGCUUGCAGCCAUCAGCUUCUUCUUUGAAUAGCAUUGGAGGCAUUCCCAUUAUUGAAAAUAACAUGACAACUGCUACCUGCAUAAAUACCUCCAAAGACAAAGCAAGUUCUAUGAAUAAUUUGGAGAUCUCUUUGACUCUAUCAUCCAACUGCAAUGGUCACCGCUCUGCCUCUGAUAAGACUCUCACAACUGAGACCUCACAGAAGAUUAAUGUUGUUGUGAAUGCUGGAGCAUCAGUUAAUAAUCCUUCCCAAGACUCCAGUGAUAAAGUGCUGGAAUGGAUUUCAAAUAUGGCUCAAUCUGGGAGCUCCAGUGACAAUUUGUUAGAGAAAGUUUGUCCUAUAAAAUUAGCCCAGGAGCCAAGCCAUGAGAACAAGAAGGUUGGAAAUAAGCUUGAUGAUAGUGUUACUGGUGGUUCAGCGGAGGAAAAGGUUGGUGAGAAUGGUCAAAAAAAGAUGGCAGAUGAAUCUUUACACACAAAAGAUUUUGAUUGUAAACCCCAAAGAAAAUUGAAGAAGAAAAAGUUUCUCAAGUGCAGGAUCAAUUCCAUGCCCAUUGGCUUAAAAUUUUUCAAGGCAUCCUUAGUCUUACACAAGAAAAAGAAACACAAAAGGAGCAAACACCGCACAGUAGAUCUCCAGAAUCCCAGCAAAGAACUUUUGUUGGAUAAAUAUUAUUGUCUUUUGUCAGAUCUUGGGCCAUCUACAUCUGAGAAAUGUGGUGCCAGUUCCAGAGGUUCCCAAAAGAAAGCACCUAAUGGAACUGCUAAAAAGAAUGGGAAAAUGUGUAACGGCUAUUCCUUGAUGAAUGAUGUAGAUGAAGAAUUAACACAGAGAAUUCGUCAGAAUGGUACUGUGCUUGCAACAAAUGAGGGUUUACAGAAGCAUUCUGAUUCCACGUUGGAAGUAAACCAGCAGGAUGCAGCAGAAUCUGGUCGUUCAAAAGAUUGCAGAAAAGAUGUGCUGCAGGAAAGAACGAAUACACUUACCCGAAGUUUGGAGGAGAAAACAAUUGCUCGUUGGGAUGGGAUCGAAUUGCAUCCUCCUCUGACUGUAGAAUCUGUCGACACUAAGAGUUUGAGCAUUGGUUAUGUUCUGGAUGAGUGGGAUGAGGAAUAUGAUCAGGGCAAGAGAAAGAAGCUAAGAAAACAAAAGCACAGCUUUGGUGGACCAAAUCCUUUCCAAGAAAUCGCAGCCAAGAAAACACAAUCCAAGAAGAAGAAGUUGAGCCACACAAGUUCUGGAGACCAACCAUUCAGGAUAUGAAGAAGUCAGUGCUUGUGCAUAGAGAGUAACUUUAACCGGUGAGCCCUUCUGUUAUACAAUGUGUAGUAUUUUUUCUUUGUUCAGCAAAACCAGUAGUCCUGAAACACCAAGCAUACCAAUAUUUUAGAAAGUUUUGGCCUUCUCGAUUCUGGGAUUUGUUUGUUGGAGGGAGAGAAAUGGAGAUAACCUUCUUUUUCUAACCCAUUUCUUCUUUGUGGGAAAUGUACAAGUUUCGGCAGAAUGUAGAAGCUUAAGAGCCAGGAGCUUUUUCUUCUCCCUGUUUUUCUUUUUCUGUAUUGCAAUAAAAUGUGUCAAUCUAAUUUUAUAUUAUAUUGGCCAUUACAAUUCAA